CUGCUCCUUGCUGCUGCUUUCACUUAGUUGCCUGAGUCACUGCUUUGCAGCCUGGCGCUCGCUCACACACUCACACUCACUCACACACACACACACACACACAAAUCUUUGACAUUUUUCACAUUUUUCAUGAAGAAGGAAGAAGUUAGGAGCGGCCCGGGGCUUGCAAAAUAAAAUCCUCAUAAUAAUCCAAACUCUCCCAGCGUUGUGCUCUGCAAAAGUGACUCGCUCUGAAUCGAGAGAGCUCUUGGGUUUAGUGCCUCGAGUUUUGUUUUCCUUCCCCCCUUUUCUUUUCCUCUAAAAGAUGAAAGAAGGAAUGUUCUUUUUUGCUGCUUCUUCCCCUUCUCCAGAGCUGCUGCUGCUGCUGGUUAAUUGCACAUUCAAGUGGAAAAUUUUCGGGAGUCAGCAGAAAUAUUGUAUCCAAAAAAGACAAAGUCGCAGUUACAACAAAACCGAAGAGAUUGUCCCUGGAAAACUUCCUUUCGGUUUAUUUUCUUUAAGACUCCAGGCUUAGGCUUGGAGACCCCAGCCACCAUCAUUGAGCCCAGCAGCUGGAGCGGCAGCGAAAGCCCUGCCGAAGACAUUGAAAGAAUGAGUGAUUCUGCAGAUAAACCUAUUGACAAUGAUGCAGAAGGUGUCUGGAGCCCUGACAUUGAACAGAGCUUUCAGGAGGCUCUAGCUAUCUAUCCACCAUGUGGGAGGAGGAAAAUCAUCUUAUCAGAUGAAGGCAAAAUGUAUGGUAGGAAUGAAUUGAUAGCCAGAUACAUCAAACUUAGAACAGGGAAGACACGGACCAGGAAACAGGUGUCUAGUCACAUACAGGUCUUAGCAAGAAAGAAAGUUCGAGAAAUUCAAGCCGCCAUUAAGGUGUCUAGUCACAUUCAGGUUCUUGCCAGAAGGAAAUCUCGUGAUUUUCAUUCCAAGCUGAAGGUAACAAGCAUGGAUCAGACUGCAAAGGACAAGGCACUUCAGCACAUGGCAGCAAUGUCAUCCGCUCAGAUAGUAUCAGCUACUGCUAUACACAACAAGUUGGGCCUGCCAGGAAUUCCCCGUCCUACAUUUCCUGGUGCACCUGGGUUUUGGCCAGGAAUGAUACAAACAGGGCAGCCGGGAUCCUCACAAGAUGUAAAGCCAUUCGUUCAGCAGGCCUAUCCUAUUCAGCCAACAGUCACAGCUCCCAUUUCAGGGUUUGAGCCUGCAUCAGCUCCAGCACCCUCAGUUCCCGCUUGGCAGGGUCGAUCCAUUGGUACAACCAAACUCAGACUGGUGGAAUUCUCAGCUUUUCUUGAACAACAGAGAGACCCAGAAUCAUACAACAAACACCUCUUUGUGCACAUUGGACAUGCCAACCAUUCUUACAGUGACCCGUUGCUUGAAUCGGUGGACAUUCGUCAGAUUUAUGACAAAUUUCCUGAAAAGAAAGGUGGUUUAAAGGAACUGUUUGGAAAGGGCCCCCAAAAUGCCUUCUUCCUAGUAAAAUUCUGGGCUGACUUAAACUGCAACAUUCAAGAUGAUACAGGAGCAUUUUAUGGAGUAACUAGCCAAUAUGAGAGCUCAGAAAACAUGACAAUCACCUGUUCCACCAAAGUCUGCUCAUUUGGAAAGCAAGUAGUAGAAAAAGUAGAGACGGAAUAUGCAAGGUUUGAGAAUGGCCGGUUUGUGUACAGAAUAAACCGCUCUCCAAUGUGUGAAUAUAUGAUCAACUUCAUACACAAGCUCAAGCAUUUACCAGAAAAAUAUAUGAUGAACAGUGUAUUGGAAAAUUUUACAAUUUUGUUGGUUGUAACAAACAGGGAUACACAAGAAACCCUACUCUGCAUGGCUUGUGUAUUUGAAGUUUCGAACAGUGAACAUGGAGCACAACAUCACAUCUACAGGCUUGUAAAGGACUGAGCAGUUAUUUAUAUACACACUUCAUAACACUUCUUUAUCAAAAACACAGACUGUAAACCUCAACACUAAGUGGCAGUGCCUCUGGUCCAGCUUUCACCCACAUUUUUCUAAAUCCUGUUUUAGUGAAGUCAUUUUUAAUGUGUUCAUCUAUAAUUGUAGCUGUGAAAUUCUGGUACAGUUGUAAAAAAUUCUUUCUAAAACUAAGUGUUCUUCAAAUUUGUAAACGACAGUUCUUUGGGAAGACUGUAUUUAAGAACCUAAUGCCUUUGUCUGUGGAGGCUUAUUUUUAAUUGUGAUAGAAAAAUGUAAGACAGAGCAUUUGCCAUGGGGAAAACUUACAGCAUUUAUAAGAAUUUAUUUAGGGUUUUGUUUUGUUUUUUCCAAAAUAAAAUACUUAUUUUACGAUGCAAAUGAAAUUGAAAUGAAUCUUUAACUAUAACUGUAAAUUAGUACACAAAGUUAAUAAUCUUUAUAGAAUUAUCUUUGUAACUAAUUAGAGUGGAAGAUGCGGACGAAUGUAAUUCACUAAAUUAUUUUUUAAAAUGAAACAUUUUUUCUGUUUGAAACCAAAUGAUAAAUAUAGCCUUAAGAAAUGCCUGAUAGAAACAAGCAGGUCCUAAAAUUAGGCAAAUUUUGUAUUUUUUUUCUCAAUGUUAAAACUAAUCUUCUAAUUCAUUAAACUUUCCAACAGGUAUUGCAGAGAAAGAGAACAUCAUCCCUUAUACUUAACGUAUCUAGUGUAUUUUUAAAAAUAUAAAGUUGUGUUGUACUAAUAUGGAAAUUUGAUUAUUUAAUGAAAAAAUGAUGGCUCAUUUUGCAAUAAGUAGGUAAAUACUGAAAAUUUAGACUUACAUUUUAUGUAGUCUUGUAUGUGCAGUUAUAUUUUAUACGGACAACUAUAUUUUUUGUUGAGUGAAAAAUUUGCAAUACCGAAAUUAACAAACAUAGGGGGAAACAAUUGACAUUAUUACUGCAUUGCGAAUAAUCUGUAAACUGCAAGCUAGAAAAAGUAAUGUGGUUGAGAGAAGAAUACGUAGGCCAGUAAAAGCCUCAUCAGCUUUAAUGUCAUAGGGAUGCUAGAAAAUCACAACCAUCAUCAGGCAAAACAGAUUUGAAGGGUUAUGUUCUUCCUUUUCUCAUUCUUCAUGAUGUUCCGGCACAUAUAUUAUCCCAGUUCUGUCUCCAGCAAGACAUGGUGCAUUUAGUACUAGUAGGCAGGGCAUGUAGGACACACCCAUCAAUACCACUUAGGGUCUGAUUGCCUUUCACAUCCAGAAUACAGAUGUGCAGUGUUCAUCCCUCUGAUUAAUAAACUGAAAAGUAGGUAGUUCAGAGAAGAUUCUAUCAUAGAGUGAAUUGAAGAGAUUUUAAUGCUAGUAAGGAUUAAAAAUGUAGUCAUGGGUGUGAAUGGUUUUCUGGGAUACACACGUAUCCCAUGUUCUCUGAUUCUUAUUGGCACAGAAAUGAGGAGAAAUGGGUUAUAAUGGGAAAUAACUAGGCUAAAACAAUGCAAUCUGUUUGGCAAACCACAAAUCCUAACAGGACAUAUCAAACACAGGUUACAAGAUAAGAUGCAUGGCUGCUGCAAACAUCCAAAAACCACAUUUUUAAGAUUUAAUGGAGAUAUCCUAUUUCCUAGAGCUGGAAGGGACUUUGAAAGGUCAUCGAGUCCAGCCCCCUGCCUUCAUUAGCAGGACCAAGUACUGAUUUUUCCCCAGAUCCUUAAGUGGCACCCUUAAGGAUUGAACCCCUCAAGGAUUUAACUCACAACCCUGGCUUUAGUAGGCUAAUGCUCAAACCAUUGAGCUAUCCUUCCACUCAUGAUUAAGACACAGAAAUGUGUUUCAACAGUUCCUUUCUCAGCUGCAGUUUUCAGGCAUGUGCCUAUGUGUAAUUAGAAUUUGCCUCCAGGUAUAAUAUAUUGGUUACAGUUCUAAUUUUUAUGACACUGUCAUUCUAAAAAGUGCCCUCAGUUAUAGCCGCAUAAAUAUAGAUGAAGAUUCUUAGUCAGUAUACUGGCUAGAAGAGCAAUCAGUAUUUGUAAUGUGCAGCAAGUUGUGGGUUGUUGUAUGCUUGCCUUUCAUUGUGUUAAUCUUUAAUACUGUUAGGAUUUACAUUAGAGGAAGGGGCCAGCAUCUGGGGGGGAGGGGUUUGAAAUUCCUUAGGCUAUAAAACAUCUGAUCUGUCUAACUAUAAAAGGUGGGUGAUUGCUGUGAUGUCUAGCUGGCAUAUUAUCCACUUGAGGAUAUUAGAGCUGAUGAAUCUUUUAGUUGUUUGUAUUCUGUGAAGCAUAAAAUUUGAUGUCCAUGUCAUACAGUCUCUUAAUACGUUUAUAACACUAACAAUCACAUCAAGAAAAGCACUGCAUUGUAACAGCCUAACGGUAGCUCUUUAUUCUAAGCACUUGGUGUUACAAGUCAAAAACUACUUCUUUUGUUUUGUUCUAAAGUUGUCUCUUAUUUAGGUUUUUGAAUUGUGAUUUUGAUGGAUUUUUUUAUAACAAAUUCUUUGAGGAGUAUAAAAUAUAGAAUUCAGUUUGCAAAACCAGGUACAGAUUUUUUAUACAAUCUGGCACAUUACAUAUGUCGUAACUAUAGGGUAUAAAAAGUCACAGUGUUUAUUGGUGUUCACAUUUGUAACGUUAGGAAAAAGAUUUGCAUUGUCUUUAUUUUACACUUAUGUAAAUGAUCUAAACCCUGCACAUGUUCAUUCUUAAAAGCCUUAAGUCCUUCAAAUGUAUAUCGUGGAGUGUGUAGUCCAAAAGGCUGCCUGUAAACUGUGAGCUCUUUUGUAAGCUGGAAGAAUUUAUCUUAUUACUGUUACUUUUUCUAGGAACUUUUUAAUUCAGAGCUGCCAAAGCAUUACAAUAUGCAGUGCCUUAGUGUUGUAUUAGAAAUACCUUUAGCCUUUUACAUCAGUUUGAUAUGUUGUUUUAUUAAUUGGUUCCGUUUUAAAAAAAAAUCUGUUCCCCCUCCACAGAGAAGCUCUUUGACUACUUGGUCUAAACUUUCAGCAUAAGUCAGUCCCAUUAUUACACAAUUAAAUGUCUAUACCAAAAUGAAAGGUUACAACUUCAUAGUUUUCUGUGAAAAAUGAAUUGUACUAAUAAUGCUGCCUUUUUAAAUUUCAUGACCAAAUACUUAACUAUUUGUGACUCUUCUGCACUCUAGCAUGAAAGUGCCUUUGGUUUGAAAUUCCAGCUUAGAAAAGUGCUGCCAUAAUAACGACUAUUUGUAGAGAGACCAAAAAUAUUAAGUGAUCACCAUAAUGCCUUUGGUUUAUUGGAAUAAGUCAAAACUACAGGCCUCCAUUCACGAAAGAGCAUCAUUUAUGCUAAUGUCAUUUUGCAAAUCACCAGAUUGCAUAAUGCUGGAAAAUAAUCUAUAUGCCAUUUAACUGUUUGACAUAGUUUUGCAACAUUGUAACCCAGCGACUGAUUUGUUUAUAAUAUAAAAAUGAUCAGUGAUUCACCUUUUUCAUCUUUUCAUCCAGUCUUGCAUCUGAGUAAUGUGACGUCCAUAUAAACGACCGAAUUUCAGACAGUGGAUAAAUGUGACUUUAUUAUUCUAUUCUGAUAAAUAUUUCAGUAUCUGUGAAGGUUUCUUCUGUAUCCUAAUUUUGCACUUAUUUUGUUUACAAAGUCAAGUGUUCUGAAAGUCAGAUGCAUAAAAUUUGAGAUGAAAGUGCAGAACAAAAAUUAAUUGGAGUAAAUGUAAUUUGACAUGUGCUUAUUAGCAUCAAAAUGUUAAGCAUGAGCACUGUUAGGUGAAGGUGCUGUAUGGAAAACUGCGUGCAGCACCAUUCCAAACUGUUUUUUUCCAAGCACUGUCAUAGUGCAGCUCCUUUAAAUAAUGUGUCUGCUUUUGACACAUUCUGUGAAUUGGGGCCAUAGUGUACACUAGAAGUGAAAUUGACAGGAAGAGGAGCAAGAUUUAAAAAAAAAAGAACAAAUAUCAGGCAAACCAAAAGCUGGCAAAUGGAUUAUAUAGUUGUGAAUACAAUUUUAAUGUGAUUUUUAAAUAUUUGAUGAAAACUAAGAUUAACUUUUUAUAUAUAAAUAUUGUGACACUAUAUGGUAAAUAUUGUGAUAAUUCAAGUUCCCUGUCUCUAAAAUACUUUUUUUUUUAUUCCUUCAAGGUCUAAAUCUCAUUUACCUUCCUCACACAAAUAGCCCUGUUGAACUCAAUGAGGCUGGGAAAGGUAAAGAGGAUUUGGCCCCCAAAGUACAGCAUGUGUUUACAGUUAUUAAAUAUAACUGCUGGGAGAAAGAUUUCAUAACAAUUGUGAUGAACAAUAGUUUAUUGCGAAGGCAAUUUAAUCCUAUUAUUUACUAUCGCAUUGUACAGAAGUUCAAAUAAGAAUAAUGGUACCAUUUUUGGCAGUUCAGAAAUUACUACUAACAUGUAGUUUUACUUACUUGAAUUCCAAAAUGAUUUAUUUAGGUACUGUACCACUAUUUUAAAGAAGUUACACAUUUUAUGCUUGUUUCCCCACUUUCCCAUUCUACUGUAGCUACAGCCAGUCAUUUUGGCAAUAGCUCCACACUCAACAAACUCACUGGUUUCUAUGCUCUUAAUGAAAGAACGAAAGGGUGUCUGUUAACAUUAAAUGCAAGUAACUGACAAAUAGAUGUCAGAUAUAACAUUUGACAAGCUGAUUCGUUUCUAUUUAUUUUCCCAUUCUAAUUCCUAGACAUGCUUGCUUUUCCAUCAAGUUUUACUGGAUCAUUCAGACCCAGGAAUGUUUGAUGUAAUAUUUAACAUGCCCCACAUUAAUACAUGUAAUACCCAGUCACUCAACAUACAUGGUAGUAGAUUCCAGUUUCUCAGGAUGAUUUUUUCCCCCUAUCUUUCAUUAUAAGAUUUUUUUUUAACCCCCUGAAAAGCUUGAGGCUAAGUAAUUCAGAGUACAAAAAAUACUUUGGAAAUCUUGGUCUCUAACUUUUCAGGUCAAACUUGCUGAGAUUAUGUGAUUAGUUUUACUGUGUAAAUUAACUCUUAAAUGCACUCAGCUGACAAAGAAAAGAUGUGUCCCUGUUACCUCCUUACAAAAUGUGUGUGUUUGUUUUUUGUUUUUUUUAUGGGCCUCUUCGCUUCAGGCUCUUGACUGCAGACAAAAAAUACAAUAUGUGCCUGAAAAGAAAGACAAAAGAAUUUUAUAACAUUAAAAACCUGAAUAGCCUUUAAUUCUUCAAUAUCAGUACAUUUUAUGUAAAACUGUUUUGGUUUUUUUGCCAUGUGCAUUUGUUCACAUUUGUAAAUGACUUAAUGGAAUUCUCACUUUAUGUUUAUUUGUGUAAUGUGUAUAAACUGGGUUUGUGACUUAAGCAUAUUCAUAUAUGGUCAGUGGUUACUUUAAUAUUGUACUGCUGCUGGUAACUUUUGAUGUAGAACCUGCCUUUUGAUGAUAAAGUACCUCUUGAUUAGACAGGGAGGGAAAACUCUGAUAAAAGUGAAUGUUCUCAAAUGUUUUUUUUAUUAACAUAUUUGCAGAAGCUUUCAAAAGGAGUUUCAGUCAAACCUCUUGGCAGUACAGUAAUCUUGUAUUUGUUAUUGUCUGUGUGUAGGUACUGGUACCUUUUUUGUUUAAAAAUGUUUUAAGUGUUGGCUUUAAAGUGACUUUAUCUUUAGUAUGAUAGUAAUAUGAAAAUUAUAGGUUUUGUGUGCAGAGAAUUUUUUUAUAAAGUGCUUUGUAAAAAAAAAUGUAUUCUAGCUUUUGCGGUACAUAUGUGUGAUAACUUUAAUAUCCAUGACAGUUAAGUGCAAUUAUUUCAUCACUCUAAAAAUGCUAUUUUUGUGUCGGUUACUGCAGGUGUUUUCAUGUCUUUGCAACGUGACACAUUUUGAUGCCUUCUUGAUAAAGUGGUAGAAUUUUUGUAGCUUUCUAGAAACUUUGUAUUCAUACAGUAUCGAUUGAAAAUAAAGAAAAUGAAAGUGUUUGGUGCAUUA